ACCCGGAAGUAGCCCUGCAGCGGAGCAGGCAGCAAUGAGUGGGGAGCCAGGACAAGUGUCCGUAGUGCCCCCUCCCGGGGAGGUGGAAGCAGGCAGUGGAGUCCACAUCGUAGUGGAGUACUGUGAACCCUGCGGCUUCGAGGCGACCUACCUGGAGCUGGCGAGUGCCGUGAAGGAGGAGUAUCCCGGCAUCGAGAUUGAGUCGCGACACGGGGGGACAGGGGCCUUUGAGAUUGAGAUCAAUGGACAGCUGGUGUUCUCCAAGCUGGAGAAUGGGGGUUUUCCUUAUGAGAAAGAUCUCAUCGAGGCUAUCCGAAGAGCCAGCAAUGGAGAACCUUUAGAAAAAAUCACCAAUAGCCGGCCCCCCUGUGUCAUCUUGUGAUACACACGGUUCUUGGAAGCUUGGUUCUGGGGUUCAAACCUUUGUUUCCUUGUGGUUUCACUAGGAAGUCCCUCUGCCUUUUGCCCCUUACUUAGCUCCACAUAGCUAAUACCCUGGCCUCUGCUUUGGGUACAAGGAGGACUAGAUAUGUCUGUGGUCUUGGAGGCAGAAAAGACAAGCUCUUUGUAGACAUUUCCACCACCACCACCUCACACCCCUUCCCCAGGGUAGGUGCCCUCUGCAGCUCAGUCCUCUCCCCAACUUGGCAAUUCCUGUCAGAUGCCGCAAUUGCCAUAACUUAUUUCCCCCAGGUCCUGGGCAAUGUCAGCUAUUGGCAAUAAAGAGCUAUUGGCGCUACAAA